AAUAUAGACAUGAGCGAAACCGCAUGAGAAUGAAGAUAGAAGUUUAAAGAGACACGCGCAUCUAACUUUUGGCUGAUUCCAAGGUGAAGUUGUACUCCACCUCAGCUGUGCGCUCUCUGACUUCAACCUUCAUGUUUCAUGGUUCACUUUCCCAUCUCAAUUUCAUUUUUCGCUAUAUAUAUCUAUUGAUUUUGAGCACGACCUUAGGUGGGAGAUUGGUCUUCUAGAUUCCUCUUUCUUGUUAAGGAGUUUGCUUAGCAGGUUGUGAUCUCAUGGAGCCUGACAGGUUAAAUUCCCCAACAACAUUUGAGAUGCCGUUGGAGGUUUUGGGCCAUGAGUUGCAGUUUUCUCAGGAUCCCAAUUCCAAGCACCUAGGGACUACAGUAUGGGAUGCAUCACUUGUGUUUGCCAAGUUUCUUGAACGGAAUUGCAGAAAGGGAAGGUUUUCCCCAGCUAAACUUAAAGGAAAACGUGUAAUUGAAUUAGGAGCUGGCUGUGGUGUUUCUGGUGUUGGCAUGGCUUUGCUGGGGUGUGAUGUUAUACUGACAGACCAAAAGGAGGUUUUGCCAUUAUUACAGAGAAAUGUUGAGCGUAAUAUCUCAAGGAUCAUGCAAAAGAAUCCUGAGUCAUUUGGUUCAAUCAAGGUUGCUGAGCUUCAGUGGGGAGAUGAGAGUCACAUUAAGGCUGUUGGUCCUCCAUUUGACUACAUUAUUGGCACUGAUGUUGUUUAUGUAGAGCAUCUAUUGGAGCCUCUAUUACAGACAAUACUUGCUUUAUCUGGACCUAGGACUACAAUUUUGUUGGGCUAUGAGAUCCGCUCCACAAGUGUCCAUGAGAAGAUGCUUCAAAUGUGGAAAAGAAACUUUGACGUGAAGACUGUCUCAAAGUCCAAGAUGGACGAAACAUUUCAACAUCCAAGUAUUCAACUCUUCAUUAUGGAAUUUAAACAUUCAGCAGAGUGCACAGAGAACUCGGGUCAGGCAACUGUUAAAGUUGAUAUUGAAACUGGUGUGGAGGAUAAAAGCAGCAAGGGAAAUGUUAUAGUCGAAGGAUCUGGUCCCGCUGAAGAAACUGUCGAGGAUCACAGUAAGCCAAUCUCGCAAAAUGCGAAGCUUAGUGAGUGGGAAGCCAGAAGGUAUGGAUCAAUGGCUGCAAGGGUUUUGCGAGAUGUAAAAAUAUCCUGAUUUUGAGAGUUGAUAUUAUGGGAGAUAUAUUGUCGUAGUAAAUAUAUCAUGAUAGUCAUACCCAUUGGCUUCAAGUAUGUUUUGUUCGGCUUAAUUUAAUGAAAGUAAUAGAUGUUUUUUUUUGUUAGAUUCUAGAGAUAUUUUGAACAUGCACUUUCACCUUUACAUGACCCACUUUCCUUUGCUGUAUUCCAACCUUUUCAUCUGUUUAAGAAGUGUAGGCGUGGCAAUGGUGAAGCAUUAACCUUAAGUUUGCCAGAACUAGAAAACAUGUGCAUAAUGCUUGGUAGCUGCACCAUGUAAUGUUAUUAUCCUGCACGAUACAGGAGAUGUUUAGAACAUUUAUGAAGGGUUCUGCUUUUGCAAUUUGUAAGGGUUGACAUCUUCGGUGUAGCCAUAAAACAAAUUGAAUUUUUCGCAAAACGUUGAUGUCA